ACAUUGUUAAUUCCGCAGCCGUACGCUCUCGAGAGCAAGAACAAAAAGUUUCUUCCGGGCUAAUCCCCGUCUGCCCCUUAUUUAUUCCCACCGUUAUUCUUCCAUCGGCGCCGAUCGAUCGAAACCCCGAUCAUGGCGUCCGACGGAGGCACCUCGCCGUCAUUGGACCGCCGCGGCGGCCUCCGCCGGCUUCUCCCCAUCCGGAAGGACUUCAUCUCCCCGAAAUCCGCUGACCAGAACCCAUUAUUCUCCUCGCCCCCUCCCCCUCUGCCUGGCACUCCACCUCCUCCGUCAUCCGGCAAGAAGAAGGGCUUCGCGGCCGCGGCCUUCCGGGGGCUCGGGUGCGCCUCCGCUUCCUCCUCCCAGGUAUUCGCCCCAGCCGCGGCCGCCGUCGUCCGGUCAUCCGCCGACUGGCAGGGGAAGCGGCCCCGGCGGCGGAGGGCCAAGCAGAAGAAGAAGGAGCGGCGGGUCCAGGCAGGUGGCGCCGAUGUGUGGUGCGCCCCGGGGAUCCCCUUUGCAGCCGAUGCCUCAGUGGACUGCGUCGUGUCCCACCAUCAGGUGAUCGGUCGUGGGAGGCCGGAGGGGGAGAGAAUUCACAGAGAGCGGGCUUUCAUUGCUAGAAGGGGAAGCAACCAAGAACAGAUCUCAUCCUUCAUGGAUUCUCCCGCGAAUCCUGAAACACCUGAACUCCCACCAUCAGGGCAUUUUCGUCAUUUGCGAGGAUAUCGCCGUUCACCUGGUGGAAUCGAAGAGAUCAUGAUGUUCCAAACUAGAAUAUUGUUGGGAGGAAUGAAUGUAUAUGAUCGAUACCAGGAUUGGCGGCUUGAUGUUGAUAAUAUGUCAUAUGAGGAAUUGCUUGAGCUAGGUGAUAGGAUUGGAUAUGUGAGCACCGGGUUGAGAGAGGAUGAGAUCAUUCGCAGUCUCAGGAAAGUUAAACGUUCGACUUUUGAUGCUUCAACCAUACAAUUCUCAUCUGAAAUGGAAUGGAAAUGCAGCAUUUGUCAAGAAGAAUAUGACGCAAAUGAUGAAAUGGGAAAACUGGAGUGUGGUCAUAGCUAUCAUAUAUGUUGCAUAAAACAGUGGCUCUCUCAGAAGAAUGCUUGCCCUGUGUGCAAGACAGCCGUGCCUAAAGGCUAGUGCAGACUGAUGCAGCAGCAGGACUGAGAUCACCAUUUCUCCUCCCUCCUGUGUAUAGCUUUUGGGCUUUGGCCCCAAGAUGAAGAGAACAUUCAUUUGUAGUUUUGUUUGGUGAUAGAAAUGUGGUGGCUCCAUGGCCCUUGGUUGGAUUGGCCAUAACCUUCAAUUUGUUCUGGUUCAGAUAAAAUUGAAUCCAUGUAUUUACUGUUUGUUUGAACAAACAACCAUUUUAUAUAUGCCUUGAUGUAGUUUUGUGAUUCGGCUUGAAUCCAAAAUGCUUGCACCAAAAAAAUUGUAAGAAAAGAACAUUUGAAUUAUGCAACUCAUUUCGGAUUUUUACAUCUGUAGGUUGUUUGCGGAAGGUUAACUACACCAAUGUGUAAUGAGAUAUCUGUAGUUCAAAGAGGG